ACACAACUUGUGGAGCUUUUCCAGCCUUCUGAGAGCUUUGUUGACCAGGCGGUGGUCCCCAAAGACACCCACUACAUGGCCCCAGAGGGAUUCUUCUUAAUGGGGAUUGGACUUGCCAGAUAUUUUUCCGGUUUGGCGCCGCCAGACUUCCACUGAGCACCGGGACCCACCUGACAAACUUUGACCGGGCGAGGCGCGGUUGAUGCCGAGGGCCGCGACCAUGAACGGCGACCGCGGCUCGAUCGCCACGGCGCCGCUGGACCUGAGCACCAGUCAGCGGGGCAGCAGCAGCCGCGUGGCGGCGGGGGAGUGCGGAGGAGCCCCGCCGUCACAUGCGGAUACUCCGCGGACACUCUCGGCUCGCAGGCGGCCGGCGGACGAAGCCUCCCGCCGGCUGCCGUUUCGGAAACGACCGAUCGCUCUGGAACCGGAGGAGCGGACACGAACGUCAAGAGUAGCGGGGCGACUCCGGCGCCUGUCCCCGGCGAGAGGCGCUGACAGGCCGGCCCCGGAGAGCGCCUCGGGCGGGCUGGGGAACAUCUCCGAGUGGGGACCGCAGGGCGUUGCCGUGGUAACCCCAACGCAGGCUGAGGAGGCUGCAAGGAGGGAUCAAGCUGGUCCCAUCCGCUUCUUGCCUUCUUUGGCUUAUAGCCCCUACCCGGUGUACUGUUUGAAUCCUGAGGUCAACCACCAAGGCUUCCAUCCCACCCAGGACUUGCUGGCGAGCCUGACGCUGGCUAAACGGCAAGAUGAGGAUGGAGACACAGCUCUCCACAUAGCGGUGGUGCAAGGGGAGAUGGCGGUUGUCUGCCAACUGAUCCAUCUUAUGCUGUGGGCGGGAAAAACCCUGGACAUCUACAACAACCUCCGUCAGACCCCUCUCCACCUGGCGGUGAUAACCCGGCAAGUGCACAUGGUGGAUGCUCUGCUGAGGGCCGGGGCGGACCCCUCCGCUUUGGACCGCAACGGCCAGACGGCGCUGCACCUCUGCUGCGAGUACGACCACAGACACUGUCUGUCGGUGCUGCUCUCACUGCCCGCGUCGCCCACGUGCCUGGAGGUCAAGAACUACGAAGGUUUGAGUCCCCUCCAUCUGGCCGUGAUCCAUAACCACCCAGAUUUGUGCACAAUGCUGCUGGGAGCGGGCGCUGACAUCAACACAAUGGACAUCAAAAGCGGCAAGAGUCCACUUGUUCUAGCGGUGGAGAGCAACAAUGCAGAGAUGGUCCACUUCCUCAUUGAGAGCGGCUGUGAUGUCAACAGGCCGUCGUACAGCGGCAACACGGCCCUGCACAGCGCCUGCGGCCGGGGCCAGGCGGACAUGGUGCGCCUGCUGCUGAAGAACGGGGCCGACAGCAGCCUCAAGAACUACUACAACGACACGCCGGUGAUGGUGGCCAAGAACAAGAAGAUAGCGGAUAUUCUACGAGGGAGGGAGUCAAGGUUGAUAAGACUUCAAGAGCAACCCUUUAGCACGUCGCCACAUAGGAGCAAUGUCACACAAAAUUUAUCUUUCCCAUCGCAAAGCCACAGUCGGGGUUGUUCACCCGCGACAAUACAACACGCCGCCCCCAACUCACCAAAGACUCCAUCCACGAUGGCAUUUCCAUUUUAAUAGCUUAGUAGUGGUCGUGCAGGGGAACCGGCAACGACCCUAAACACUGCCAAACCUGCACAAAUGACGACAUCUGGACUGCCCUAACUUGGCCUUCAAGUUGAAUGUACUAGACCAGGGGUGUCAAACUGGUUUUCUUUGAGGGCCACGUCAGAGUCAUGGUUGCCAUCAGAGGGCAACUUGUAAAAGUGAUAAUGUAUGAAUUUGCCUAUGCAUCGGAUUAUUAUAUAUAUAUUUUACAUACACUAAAAAAAUUUAAGAUUUUACAGUAAAAAAAAUUCAGUCACCAAAAUGUUACUGUAAAAUAUACAGUUUUUUUUUUUUUACAACAUAUUACUGUAAAUGGAAAAACAGUACUACUGGGUUUUUUUUUAAUUCUGGCAACUCAGCUGCCAGUUUUUUUUUCCCAUUAAAAAAAAAAGUGAUACCUUUUUUUCAUUUACAGUAAUACACCGUAAAAACAACAAGCGUAGAUUCAAAAACUGGCAGCUCUAUGGACAGAAUUUUACAAUAAAAAAUAUGUUCAAUUUACGGUAAUAUGCUUUAAAAACCAUUGUCAAUUUUACCGUAAAAUCUAUAAUUUUUUACAGUGUACAAUUUGAUUGGUUACAUGCUUUGAAAUCAGAAGUCCAGCAGAUAUUUAAGUAUUUAUUUUUAUUUUGACCAAAAAAAAAGUAUGAUUUUGGAUAAUGUACGGAGCCCCUAAAGGGACAUGGGGGGGAAUGUAUUUUUAAUUUUUAAUUUUUAUUUUUUUAGACAUGUAUCUCGUGCACAGGAUAAACUUUUUAUAAAGUAAAAAUAUUUUUUUUUUUUUUUUUUUUUUUUAGACAUGUAUCUCGUGCGCACGAGAAACUAUCUUGUGCGCAAGAGAAAGUUCCUCGUGAUACAUGUCUAAACUUUCUCGUGCGCACGAGAAACUUUUUGUAAAGUUAUAAAAAACAAAAAAUAUAUAUUUAUAAUUUUAUUUUAUUUUUUAAAAUUUUUAGACAUGUAUCUCGUGCGCACGAUACAUGUCUAAAAAAAAAAAAUAAAUAAAUUCUAAAAAAUAACAUUUCCCCCAUGUCCCUUUAGGGUAUGCAAUUUCGUGCAGUGCAUAUAUUUUUUCUGUCAAAAUGGAAAAAACAAACACAUUUAGUAAGAAAUGAUAAAGCAUUUUACGAAAAAUAAAAAUAUGUUCUUUCCAGGUGUUUGCGGGCCAUAUAAAAUGAUGUGGUGGACUAUGAUAGUGGGCGGAGCAUGAUUUUUGUUUUCAUUCCAGAAAAUAGUUGAUGGACCACUGAGCUGAUGAUAAUGUCAGACAUUUUGGAAGAAAAACAAAUGAAGAGAUUCCAUGAGGUUGAUUCAGGGAUUUUGCUAAACGUGUACACGCUGAAUGUUUAUAUUCAAAGUGAUGGAACUUUACUUGGCAUUAGUUCUUAUUUUUGUUUGUUUGAA